AUGCCGUACACCAGCUUGUACAGCAUCCUGCUGGACCAAUUAAUUGGAAGUUUUGCCAGAGCUUUGCAGCAACAAGGAAUUCAGGCUUCUUUCAUUUAUACAGCAAGAAGACCUUCAAGAGUGCCUAUGAAACUUGAUCUAGCAUGGCAUAGCAGACGACAACUGAUGUCUGCUGAAGAUCAGGGAAAUGAUAAGUAUCGUCCACUGAACGUGACCAAUGAUGUCAAUGGAACCACCUGCAUCCUUUUUUAUGCCACUAAUUUUAGCCUUACAUACAAGCCUAAUGAGAACACAGCUGUAGACAUGGAUCUAACAGAUUUAACAUUUAUGCACCAGAAUGUAAACACUAAUUCAUCUGAAUGUUCAGAGAACAAUGCAACGUUGUCAUUAAAAUACACCAAUGUGAGCAGUAUCGAGAACCUGGAAAUAAGAUUUGUGAUGACCAACAAAUUCUAUGUAGGCUCUGCUCGAAACUGGUUCACCUUAGAUUUUGUUUAUAUUCGAAAAAACAAUGAGAGUGUUGCUCAAUUUAAUGUCACAGACAUCUCCGGUCCUGCAGAGUAUUCAUUUCAUUGCCAGCUGGUAGGAACUGGGUACCAUCAAGGUGUGACUCUGGUUCCGAAAAAUGAUACACAACCAAAAUGGGAGAUUGGCAUUUCUGAAUUCCAGAUCCAGGCUUUCAAUGUAGAAAACACCGCAUUUGCCUAUGCAAGUGAUUGUACCUCAUUCUUCACCCCUGCAAUAUGGAUGGGUUUGGUCACCUCAUUCGUUUUAUUAUUGAUCCUUACCUAUGGAAUCCACAUGAUUACGAAUCUCACAACAAACAGUCGAUUUGAUGAUCCUAAAGGCCCAGCUCUUUCUAUUCCUCAGACAGAGUAGCCACAAAUGAACAAUCCAAAUCAUUUCCAACCUCUUAGUCUAUGAAAAAAAAAAGAAAGAAAUGGGCAAUGUUAAUAAAAUGUUCAAGCUUUGGGGAACAUGGGAUAUAUAUUUAAAAAAUAAAUAAGUGGCUCACACAGUUCUGCCAGUUGUCUUGCUUUUAAAACUGACUGCCUAAAUGAAAACCCAGAGCCAAUGCUGUAAGCCUUCACAGGCAAAUAUUGUUCUUCAUCAAAAAUCAGUAGUCAAUGUCAUCAGCUUCAUAAAUGUCAUCUUAGAAGUUUUAUAUUAUAUUACACAAGUAUUUUUGGAAAAGAAGAAUGGGACAUUUUAAAAGCAACUGGUUAAGCAUGACGACACAAACUGAAGAGGUCUAUCUGAGCAAAAUCAGAGAGAUGAUGAUGAUGGUGGUAAUGAUGUUUAUUUCUACC